GAGUCGAUGACCCAACUCGUCUUUCGGUCUUCCUUUUCCAUUUCCCCUAAUCCUAAAUUUCAACCCGUUUUCUCCACCUUUGUUUUUUCGGGUUAGUAAAUAAAUUCCGAAUUAGAGGCUAAUAGAAAAGGAAAAAGAAAAUAAAAAAGAAAAAAGAAAGGAGCAGCAGAGAGAAAUAAUCCAAGUGAAACAAUUUUUUGAUUUAUUUGAGAGCGCUUAGUUUACAAGAAAAGAAUUUUUGUAAUCUAAUUUUUAUUUUUUUGCUUCUCCCUGAGCACUUGGAAGUGACGGUGCGGGGGUGGUGUUUCUGAUCCGUCGUUGGAGAUGGCGUCAGCGGUGGCGGAGAGGAUUGAACUGGCGAAGCUGUGUAGCUCCAAGGACUGGUCUAAGGCUAUUCGUGUCCUGGAUUCUCUUCUCGCCCAAUCCUCCAACAUUCAAGAUAUCUGCAAUCGAGCUUUUUGUUAUAGUCAAUUGGAACUUCACAAACACGUUGUUAAGGAUUGCGAUAAGGCACUUCAACUCGAUCCUGCGCAGCUGCAAGCUUACAUCCUCAAAGGUCGUGCAUUUUCUGCAUUAGGAAGGAAAGAAGAAGCAGUUCAGACUUGGGAGAAAGGUUUUGAGCAUGCUCUUUCUAGCUCUGCUAAUUUGCAACAAUUGCUGCAGCUAGAAGAACUGCUGAAAAACGCCAAGCAAAGUGAUUCAGUUGCAAGUAGUCUUGUGGUGGAUUCUUCUGAAUCCAACCAGAAUGCAGCCGAGUCUGUGCCUCUUGUCUCUAUCAAGACAAAUGAAACUUGUGAAAACCACAACAAGUCUGAUGGCAAAUUAGUCUCAGUCGGAAAAUCAAAUGACAAAUUAGAGAUAUCUGAUGCCAUAUCUGAUAGGUCUAAUACACACAUUGAGUCAAAAAAUACAUUACCAAAGAAUAAAAAGCUUCACAGCCAAACAAAUGAAAUUCAUGAGAAACAAAGCAAUGGGACUCUCAGAAUCAAUAACAAAGGGGGCAUUGGUGAGUCAAAAGAUACAUCUCAAUCUUCCAUCAAGAUGGCAGUUAGUAAUGCUGAAACAAGUAGUAAUAUGGAGGUUCAAAGUCGAUCAAGCUAUAAAAUUGGCUCACAUGAUGAAUGGUUUGAGGAACCCAAAAAAGGCAAAAAAUUUUGUGUUGCCAGGGUAUCAAAGACCAAAUCAAUAAAUGUUGAUUUUCGAUUGUCGAGGGGAAUUGCAAAGGUGAAUGAAGGAAACUAUGCUCAAGCUAUCUCCAUAUUUGACCAGAUACUUCGAGAGGAUCCAACUUAUCCUGAAGCACUUAUAGGAAGGGGAACUGCUUAUGCUUUCCGGCGUGAACUUGAUGCAGCUAUUGCCGACUUUACAGAAGCCAUUCAAUUGAAUCCAGCAGCUGGGGAGGCAUGGAAGCGUAGAGGUCAGGCGAGAGCAGCAUUGGGAGAAUCUGCUGCGGCAAUCUCAGACUUGACCAAGGCAUUAGAAUUUGAACCAGAUUCCGAGGAUAUCUUACAUGAAAGAGGUAUCAUUAAUUUCAAAUUUAAGGACUUCACUGCUGCUGUGGAAGACUUAUCUGCUUGUCUAAAGCUUGACAAGUGCAACAAAUCAGCUUACACAUAUUUGGGUUUAUCAUUAUCUGCCAUUGGUGAAUAUGCCAAGGCUGAGGAAGCACACAAAAAAGCUAUUAACCUUGAUCGUAGCUUCCUUGAAGCAUGGACUCAUCUGGCCCAGUUGUAUCAAGAGUUAUCUAAUUCAGAAAAGGCAUUUGACUGUCUUGAGCAAAUUCUGAAAAUCGAUUCAAGGUACGUCAAAGCAUAUCACAUUCGCGGGCUACUGCUUCAUGGGAUGGGCGAGCACAAGAAUGCAAUUAAGGAAUUAUCAGUUGGCUUGAGCUCCGAAAGCUCUAACAUUGAGUGUUUGUAUUUACGAGCUUCCUGCUACCAUGCUGUUGGAGAAUAUAGAGAAGCAGUGAAAGAUUAUGAUGCUGCUUUAGAUGUGGAAUUAGAUUCCAUGGAAAAGUUUGUGCUUCAAUGCAUGGCCUUCUACCAGAAAGAAAUUGCUUUGUACACUGCUUCCAAGCUCAACAGUGAAUUUUGUUGGUUUGAUAUUGAUGGAGAUAUUGCUCCCCUCUUUAAGGAAUACUGGUGUAAGAGAUUGCACCCAAAAAAUGUUUGUGAAAAAGUCUAUAGACAACCGACUUUACGUGAUUCUUUAAGGAAGGCAAAGCUGAGAAAGCAAGAAUUUACAAUCACAAAGCAAAAGACACUCCUUCUGCAGCUUGCAGACUCCAUUGGCAAGAAAAUCCAAUAUUUUUGUCCUGGUUUCUUGCCCAAUAGGCGGCAGCAUAGAAUGGCAGGUUUGGCUGCUAUUGAGAUAGCGCAAAAAGUUUCAAAAGCUUGGCGUUCUUUACAGUUAGAAUGGAAACAAUCCAGUAAAGGUACAGCAAAAUCUGGAAGGAAAGUACGGCGGAAAGAAAAAUUAAUUGCUUCUAGUCAGAACAGGGGUGGUGCAGGAUGCAGUACUAGCAGUUUUUCUGAAUUGUCGACAUCAUAUGGGUCAUUGGAAGAAAAAUCUUCAAUGAAAUCCAUAUUGUCAUGGCAUGAUGUAUACAAUAUGGCUGUGAAAUGGAGGCAAAUAUCUGAACCUUGUGAUCCAGUUGUUUGGGUCAACAAGUUAAGUAAUGAGGGGUUUGCUUCUGGAUUUGGGUCUCACACUCCACUUGUCCUUGGGCAAGCCAAAGUUGUUCGAUACUUCCCAAAUUUUCCUAGAAUGAUGAACGUGGCCAAGGUGGUUAUAAAGGAGAGGAAAUAUGUCUGUGAUGAAAAAGAUAAUCUUAUUCUUCUUUCUGAUGAUGUCAAAUUGCAAAAAAUAAUGAAUGCAGAAUCCUGCAUGGAUCUCUACCAAACCAUAGGUCAGAAUUUUUGGUUAUCUACGUGGUGCAACAGCACAGCACUGGAUGGGAAGAGUCUUGAAGGGACAAGGAUCACCCUUGUAAAAAAGGACAAUGGAUUUGACUUUGCUAUUAGAACGCCUUGUACACCUGCAAGAUGGGAAGACUUUGACUUGGAAAUGACUGCUGCCUGGGAGGCACUAUGUGAUCACCAUUGUAGUGAAACAUUUGGUUCAACUGACUUCGAUGCGCUUGAGAAUGUGAGAGAAGCAAUAUUGAAGAUGGCAUAUUACUGGUACAAUUUCAUGCCACUUUCCCGGGGAUCUGCUGUGGUGGGAUUUGUGGUAUUACUUGGAUUACUACUUGCUGCUAAUAUGGAGUAUACCGGCAGUAUCCCUAAAGGCGUACAGGUGGAUUGGGAAGCCAUUCUGAACUUCGACCCUGAACCAUUUGUGGCAUCUGUGAAGAGUUGGUUGUAUCCAUCUCUUAAGAUCACCAACUCCUGGAAAGGCUACCCGGAUGUUGCGUCAACAUUUGAGACUAUAGGAUCUGUUGUUCACGCUCUCAGCACUUAUUCUGAUUGAGUUGUUGGCAUUAUCAACAGGUGAAUGAAUCGAUGAUAAAGCAUACUUGUAAUACAUACUUGUAAUUCUUUUCUUUUCUUUCUUUUUUCUUUUUUGGGUUUACCAUACUUGUAAUUGUACACACAAAAAACACGAUUGUUUCCUUCAAUAAAAUUGAGAUUGUAAUUUAUUUAACAGCUACGGAGCCUCUUUUGAGCUGUUUAUUUAUUUUAUUAUUUUGGGGGUUUGGAUGAUGGGAAAUUCAUAAUUUGCGCACGGUAAAAUGUAAAUGGUGCAUUAUGAUGACCUCUGUAAUCUUAUACUGUAAUCCACUGUACAAUUCGCAUUCCAAUUA